GUGAGUCUAAGAGCAGAGGCAAGAAUACAACGUUCAGAGAGCAACAUGGACGUUUCUUCGACAUUAGUUUUUGCAGGAAUAAUCUUAGUGCUGCUGUGGCUAUUUAGUGUGAAUAACAGUAGUAAGCAUCGUUUACCUCCAGGACCUCGUGCUCUUCCUCUCAUAGGAAACCUUCCACAAAUAGACAGUAAUGCACCUUUUAAAAGCAUUACGAAGUUCAGUGAAACCUAUGGGCCUGUGGUGACUCUGUACGUGGGCCGGCAGCGGACAGUUGCUCUUUUUGGAUACGAUGUAGUGAAAGAGGCUUUGGUGGACCAAGGAGAUGAUUUCACAGGCAGAGAACAACUGCCAUUUAUGCUUAAAGCUACCAGGGGCUACGGGUUGGGGAUCAGUAAUGGCGAACGCUGGAGACAGCUGCGACGUUUCACACUAACAACCCUAAGAGACUUUGGGAUGGGACGCAAGGGGAUGGAGGAGUGGAUCCAAGAAGAGAGCCAACACCUGGAGGCUCAUAUUCGUUCAUUGAAAGGUCAACCUUUUGAGCCCACAUUCUUGUUGGGCUGCACAGUGUCCAAUGUGAUCUGCUGCCUUGUGUUUGGUGAACGCUUCAAUUAUGAAGACAAGCAGUUCCUGCGCCUCCUUAACAUCUUCACUGAAUUUAUCAGGUUUAAUACCAGUACUAUGGGUCAGUUGUACGCCAUUUUUCCCUGGUUCAUAGAGCGUCUUCCCGGCCAUCACCACACUGUUUUUGCCCAAAUGGACGAGGUGAGAGAGUUUAUCAAGAAGAAGAUCCAGGAGCACAAAGAGACACUGGAGCCCAACUCCCCGAGAGACUACAUAGACUGCUUCCUCAUUCGAAUGAACCAGGAAAAGGACAAUCCCUCAACUGAGUUCAUUUAUGACAACUUGGUCUCUACAGUGAUGAAUCUGUUCUUCGCAGGAACAGAAACUACCAGCACCACAAUGAGAUAUGCUCUUAGUGCUUUGAUCAAAUACCCCGAAAUACAGGAGAAAAUGCGGCAGGAGAUUGACACUGUGAUUGGACAAAACCGUUGUCCCAACAUGGAAGACAGGAAGUCCCUCCCCUUUACAGACGCUGUCAUCCAUGAGGUGCAGCGUUUUCUGGACAUUGUCCCCUUUAGUGUCCCUCGCUAUACUCUUAAGGACAUCUCUUUCAGAGGGUAUACAAUCCCCAAGGGCACUACAAUUCUUCCCAUGUUGCAUUCUGUGCUGAGAGAGGAAAAGCAAUGGGCAUCUCCCUGGUCCUUUAAACCCGAGCACUUCCUGGACCAGAAUGGCAACUUCAAGAAAAAUCCUGCAUUCCUGCCGUUUUCUGCAGGGAAGAGAAACUGUGUUGGCGAGUCUCUGGCUCGUAUGGAGCUUUUUCUCUUUUUGGUAUCAUUGCUGCAGCAUUUCACCUUUUCCUGCUCUGAAGGCCCCGACAGUAUAAACCUCGUUCCAGAGUACAGCGGCUUUGCCAAUAUGCCUCGGAUGCAUGACAUCAUCGCCACACCACGGUGAAAAGAGAAGCUCCACUCAGAUACUCUGACCAACAAGGAUUUCUUUACUACAUACACCACACAUUAUUGUGGUGCAGGAACGUUGACUGGAGAGCUGAUAUUUGUUUUAUUUCACUGAUACCGUGCACUAGACCAUCAUAUGAACAGCUUGCUCUUGGCAUAUUUUUGAAUCUUUUCAAAGUUUGGUUUUAUUAUAUGUAUUUUUAAGCUAUUCUCAUCAGUUUAUGGUGCCAGUAUUGGUUGCAGAUAUUCUUUCUUAUGCAGUUGAAAUAAAGGUUUUUACCUAUAAAUGCAUCAUUUA